UUGGCUUUUGGGAAACAAGCGACUUCCUUGUUGCUCAUGUGAUUUGUAUUUUGACAUUUCAGAGUAGAUUUGACACUUUCUGCAUUUGUUGCAACGCACAAAACCCUUCAAAACUCAUGUUAAACAGGACUGCACCAUAGCUUCUAGUUUGCUUUUGUUUGGGCCUGUGUGCAGUCAUGUCCAGCAGGUAUCAAAUAGUGGUGCAAGGCGAAGCUUCGGAAACAGACUCUGAUGAUGAAGUCUACAUCACCUCACUGCCUGCUCCACAAACCGCUGCAGUCGGAGCUAAGGUUCUAGGAGAAGCGUCUGAAACGGACAGUGAGGGUGAGUCUGAGCAGACUGGAAGAGCCUCUGCAUUGAGCCAGGAGAGCGCUCAGAUACUCAGGAGGGACCUGCCUCCUCUUAUUGUGGUGAGAGACCACCCUGAUGUGCAGUCCAUAGUGGAGGACCGGCCAAGCCCUACACACAAGCCACAUGGCGACACCCUUCUACAACAGAAGCUGCAGGAGUCAAACAACCGGCUGUACACCGACGUGAGCCAGAUGGUGCGUCACGUUUAUGGAAAUGCAAGCAAGGAGGUUCGCAGUGCCACAUCUCAGCUGAACACAUCGCAGAGCGCCAUAAUUAACGCGUCGCACAGCAUCAGAUUAAUCCUGGAUGACCUGAAGGCUGUGUCCGAGAAGAUUGACAUCAUCACCAGCUGUCAGAUAUUGCCUGAUAUCAACAUUGAUAGUCCAAACAAUCACACUGCCCCUGUGCCUUAACGCAAUACGUCAGGAUAUAUUUCAAAAAAACAUAUCUUUACGAUGGUUUAACAUCACUCUGGAUGUGCAUUCUUUGCAGUCGUCAGAAUGUGAGUCUGAUAACACUGCGUUUGUGUUCUGAACAAUACAGAGAAAAAUAUACCUCAUGAAAUUGGAGUUGCAGUUCCCAACAGAGGGGUUCCAGACCUGCUUUCCAUUACACACAAAAAAUUGUGGGUGCGGAAGUUGUGUGUGUGGCGUCCGGGCUUAGGAUAAUUUAACUUACGGCUGGAAUAAAGUCUCACACAGACUUAUAUACGCCUAUGCAUUUAACAUACGAUUACAUGUCAUAAUAGAAACAAAUACAUAUAUCCGAGCAGUACACAUACAGUUAGCUUCAUACAUUUUUGGACACUGCCACAAGUUUAAUUUUUGCACUUUAUCAAGGUUUUCAAGUUACAAUUAAUUACUGAACUGAUUGUGGGUGUAUGAAUGUUAAAGUGUCAGAAUCUCAGCGUUGAGGUGUUCACACACUAAUUGUAGGAAAUGUGUAGGAAUCAUCUUCAUGCAUAGUUGUUUUCACAAGUUGAAAUGAGAUUCUACAAAUCACAAAAUCAUAAAAUGUUCAUUUUUAAUUCUCUGUCGAAAAAUCCUCCGAUUUCCUCCUGAAAGGGGAGCCCAGAAGGAAUGGGUUCCCUCCUCUGUGCCGCUUAGCCAGGACUUUACAGCUGCUGCUUUUAGUUAUUGUUUGUUUGUUGGUCUCUGUCUUUGUCUUCAGCAAAUGCUUGAUUUGGUUGAGGACAGCUAACGGACUCGGCUGUUGAGCGUUCCACUUUUAGAAAACUCCUGUGUUGCUUUCACAAGAUAUUUUGUUUGCCAAAGAAUGCUUUUCAAGAACUGCUAUGACUUCUUGAGGCUUAUGAAUGGUUUAUAUUUUGCAGUAAACCCUCUGUGUUUGUCUUCUCUUCAUAAUGCAUGAAGAUAUGCCUGCCCCCUGGAUAUUGUUUCAGGAUCUCAGCCUAAAUGUGGCCCGUUUUUAAAACUCGCCUUCAGACCUUUUACUCGCUUAACUGAUUGAGACUGAAGAGCUAAUAAAAGAAAUAUCCCACAUCUGUCCUCGAAGCAGCUUAUUAGUCAAAUGUCCAAUUACAUUUGGAGAAUUGAUUUGAACUUGGAUGUGAAUAUCCUCAAAUUAAAGCUGAGAAUCUGCACCAACAUUUGUCCAAACAUAUAUGGACCUAACUGUGUGCAUCUAUCUGAAAGGCACUGCAUGUUCUUGUGUAUAUUAUCAUCUCAUGUUUUGCAGCUUUUUGUAUAUUAAUGUAACUAACCUUUAAAACAUGAUCAACCUUUAAAAAGCAUAUUCUAUUCUGUCUCUGUUGUGAGAGGUCAAGGAAUAACCCAUGUACAGGUUUGCUGUUCUAUAAUGUCAUGUUUUUUUCCCUCCUGUGUGUUAAAUUAUAAAAUAAAUGUAACUCAAUAAUUCAA